AUGCACGGUUUCGAGAUGGAGGCAAGCGGUACCUUGUUGCAUUCAUCUCCGAACUUACAACAACAAUCCCCGCCAGACUGCAGGGUGCGCAACAUUGCAGCGAAGAGGCAUGCCGCUGUUGUUGUUCAAUCUCCAGCUGAUCAGCCUAAGCACUCCGGGACAUACAAUCCUGAUGUUCAACGUUGCGAACUCUCUCUGUCAUCAACACCUACCAGUAUUUCAUACAAUGAACACGCCGCAUUCUUGUCUGAACGCUGGUCAGAGUUUCACAUGAGACAGCUUCUGCAUUUUGAUUUGAGCUCACAAGAGAAGGACAAAGAUGAGUCUACCCAUCCAGUUAGAAGGUACUGGAGCUUGGAGGACCUGAAGCUUCUGCUACAGGAGCGGGAUAAGUUUCGGCAACAAGCGACAGCGCCCCAAGUCGUCUCAGAGAGCUCAUUCUCAGGCAGCAGAUGCAACAGUUGCAAAGCGAGCUCUGUCUAUAAAGUGGAGGACGCUGAUGAAGAUCAUUUAAAGCAACUGAAACAAACGGUGUUAUUGGAAGAGAUGGGGAAUAGUUUCGUUGAGGACAACGCAAGCCUAGAUACGAAAUUUAUUUUUCCAGCCCCUCUUGAUAAGGGUCUCAACGACGAGCCGGAUUUUCAGCACACAUCUAAUACACCUCUAGCGAGACCCAGGAAGACGACACUGGCUAAUAGGAGCAAUGCUGGCCCGAAGGAAGACUUUGACUCGGGCUCCGAUACAUUGAAAUGCCCCGAGCAUCCUACCAAAGCCCAAGAUAAGCCCUUCUCCUCCUCGGUAUUUCAAGCCGGAUCGUUUGAACAAGAGGCCGACCCCCAGCUCGCUUCAAGAGCAGGAAGGGACAAAGUCGAUGACGACAUGGUCAUGUUCUCUGCUGAGGAAGCUCAACUUCAGGAUGAUAUUUAUGAUUGCUUUGCCACACAGGCGCUCGAUGCGGCAGCACAUGACGCGAUCAUGCAUCUAGAAGAAGAUACUUUGGAAUGUGUGUGGGACUAUGCAUUGCGGAAUCCUCUGAGUGCUGACAGUUUCGAGAACAACCCAGCCUUUCAAGACGUCCUUCAAAAUCGUGUCCUGGUGGGUAAAGCAUCGCUACAUUGUCCAUGGGAGGCUGUACCAUAUCCGUCGCAUGGCGUUCUAUCCUCACAUGCAAUGGAACAAGGGUUGAUUGAUAUUCCCAGGGAAUUUUGGCGGCAGAACAGGUUAUAUUGA